GUGGCAAGGGCCGGGAGCUGCUCCGGUGUAAGUGCUCAUGGUGCCAGCAGCUGCUCCUGGCCCGGCCUGGCCACCUGGACUGGGGCUGGGAUCAGCUCAUCGCCGACCUCGGACACCCUGGCCCUGCCCGGGCUCUGCUGAGCUGCCUGCCCUCUGCCCCGCAGGCCCGCCUCAAGUUCCCUGUCGACUACCCGUACUCCCCACCCGCCUUCCGCUUCCUGACCAAGAUGUGGCACCCUAACAUCUAUGAGACAGGGGACGUGUGCAUCUCCAUCCUCCAUCCCCCGGUCGACGACCCUCAGAGUGGGGAGCUGCCCUCAGAGCGGUGGAACCCCACCCAGAACGUCAGGACCAUCCUCCUGAGCGUGAUCUCCCUCCUCAACGAGCCCAACACCUUCUCGCCGGCCAACGUGGAUGCCUCGGUGAUGUACAGGAAGUGGAAGGAGAGCCAGGGCAAGGACCGCGAGUACACAGACAUCAUCCGGAAGCAGGUCCUGGGGACCCAGGUGGACGCGGAGCGAGACGGCGUGAAGGUGCCCACCACGCUGGCCGAGUACUGUGUGAAGACCAAGGCGCCAGCGCCCGACGAGGGCUCAGCCCUGUUCUACGACGACGACUACGAGGACGGCGAGCCCGGGGAGGAGGCCGGCAGCUGCUUCGGGGACGAGGACGACUCGGGCGCCGAGGAGUCCUGACCUGCGGACAAACGAGCGGCCCCCACGGGCUGCCCGCCUGGGGUCUUGACAGCGGACUACCUCGCCGGAGGGGGCGCGGGGCUUCUCCCUCCCUGCGUGCCGGGCCUCUCUGCUGGUCGGCCGCGUGCCACCACGUCCCCUCAGGGCCACCCGGGCCCGCGGGGUCCGCCACCACCAGGGAGCUAGUGACGGGCGGCCCGGCCAGCUUGAGGCCGGGGUGACGGCCCGAGGGGCCCGGCCUCGGGCGUGGGCUCCCCAGCCGUGUCUUUCUCAGCCGAGGGACAGUUCGCUGUGGCUGCCUCCUCUCCGCUUUGGUUUGUUUGAAACCCAAAUAAAACGACUUUGUGAGAAG